CGACAGCGGAACCGCGACGAGUCGCUGCCUCGCAACAUGUCGCUGCCCGAGCCGCUGAGGCGGCGGCUGGGCUCCUUCAGCCGCACCGUCUUCACCGACAGCCGCGGCGCCGGCCCGCCGCUCCCGGGCGACCGCGCAGUCUAGUAGCUACCAUGAAUACUUCUGCAACUGUCAUAAAGACUUCUGGAACAGACUGUACCAGGCUGCAUGUUACUGGACUGGAAAGAGGGAUGCCAGACUGAGAUGGAACACAGACAGGUAUGAAAAUGGUUGGAAGAUACAGAAUGAGACAGUAAUGUCAGAAGAGAAGUGGCUCUGAGUCUGGAAGCAAAAAAGUGUAGCUGUCAGUCUGAGUUUCAAUUGAUCAUCAUCAUUGUAGCAGACAGACAGAAGACUUGAAUACAAAUCAACAGGUCACAAUAAAUACUUUCUAAUCUUGCUUAGUUUUUAGUUAGUGCUUCUUAGAGCUUAGCUUCACUUACCAAGCGAGGAAAUGUGUCUAUAUUUGGGGAAAAUUAGAGAAAUGGGACUGCUGGUAAUGGAAGUAAAUGGGUUGCAGUAUCAGUUGACUAUGGCAAUGAAACUUCACCCAUUAAAAAUGAACAAUUCCUUGGAAUGGCCUUUUAAAUUUUUCCUUAUUUUCAGCUUAAUCUUUUAGAUCUAUAAUUAAAUGGUAAAUAUAGAAUGUGCAGCCUGCAGAGUUCAGUAUUUACUGUUCUCUACAUUAAAGAGAACAAAAUGUGUUGAUACGGUCUUGAAUAAGUUUAAAUUCUUGAAUACUUGAAUAAGUAUUUGAAAUUCUCAAGAACUAAAAGCAUUACAAGUUUCUUGCAAGCCUGCUCUCUAGCAUUAAGUCCCUACACAAGAAGAUCCUGUACAAAACAAGGAUAAUUCAGUAUGUACUCAUUUCAAUUUUGACCAUUCUCUUAAGAACAGCAAUAAAAAUACCACCUAAUAUUUAUGCAGUAUCAGUAUACAGCAAUACUUGAGCUAAGCCUAUUAGUCAGAUAGUUGAUUAGGUGGUAGCUUAUAGUUUUACUCCACAAUCAGACACUUGGCUUGAAUUUAUGAUAAAGCAAUAAAAUUUCUGUAUUCUGUGUACUGGAAGUUACCUUAGAUUCCAGAAAAUAGUGUAGCCUAAGAUAGGGUAGUUUUUGUUCUUGAUACGUGAAAAUCCUUUUCUCAAUAUUUAACUUGAUUGAGACAGGUGUUAAUGCUCUUGCUUGAAGCUAAGAUAGAGCAUAAUCUUUGUCUGAACUAUGGUACAAACUAGGAGUGAUAAAAGCUUCUGUUUAUCUACAGAUAAUGAAAUAGUUUCCAGUUUACCACUACAGAUGUCCCUCUAUUUCAACGUUUAUUUUUUCCCCUUUUGGUGGCUCAGCAGUGUUGUCAUGCUCCAGCUGAAGUAUCCAGUCCUGUCAGAUUACUACAAGUUCAUUCUGGUCACAGUCAUGAUCCUAGCCUCCCUAAUAGAGAUCAUUCGACUGUACCUGGGAUACAUGGGCAACCUGCAGGAGAAGGUCCCUGAGCUGGCUGGGUUUUGGCUCCUGACUCUCCUCCUGCAGUUACCUAUAAUUCUCUUCUUGCUAUUUAAUGAAGGUUUGAAAAUUCUGCCACUGGAAAGAUCAGUCAAUAUCAUCUUUGCCCUCUUCCUAAUCUUCCAAGUCAUUGCAGCCUUUGUCACCCUGAAGAGAAUGGUGAACAAACUGGCAACUCACUUCCGCCUUAAUGAAUUUGACAGGCUAGAGGAACACCCUGUGCAUGAUUUCUACAGCCUGAGUUAAGAGAGUACAGUGUCCAGGGCUGCUAGGGGCCCAUGCUGAGGAGCUUCACAUAACAAAUGCUGGCUGGGGAUCACACACCAAUGGCCUGAGAAGCCAACAGAGGCAGUCCUCAUGCUGCCAUAGCUCUGUUUUUGUUUCAUUGCGUCAUUAUCAAUCUUCCUACUUCAGAGACAUUAAAAAAAAAUAGAUCUUGCUCAAGAGCCAACAUUAAGCCUCAGAGAAGAGAUUCACACUGCAAGAAAAAAAAAUUGUAGCUUGCUGAGAGGACCAAUUCAUCUGUGCUCUGUUACUGCAUAAAGUACCUACAGAGUAGGUUUGGUGGCUUUGACAUUUUAAAAAGUCAUGUGCCAUUUCUAAAGAACAGAAGACUAUUUUCCUAAAUGUUUGCACAGAAAUAUUUUGUUUACAAUAAAUCCUUUGUACAUGUUUGCAUUGA